CAUAUGCGGAGCGUGCUCGUUGUGUUUUUUGGUUCGAAGAAACGAAGCUUGAUACACAAGUUCAAAGGAUAUUUCGCACUCAGCAUCGCAAGGAACCUCCCAGUAGGCCUACAAUUUACUCCUGGCACAAGAAUUUUGUUCAGACCGGAUGUUCUGUGCGCCAUGACAAGCCACCCGGUCGGCCACGUGUUUUCUGACGCUACAGUGGAACAGAUUAGGGAGAACUUCGUUCGAAGUCCACGAAAGUCAACGCGAUGUGCGUCUCGGGAAACUGGUAUUCCAAAUGUUACUGUGUGGCGAGUGUUACCAAAACGUUUACACUUAAAAGCGUACGCAUUAUCCAUCGUUCAACACCUUACGGGAUGCAGAUGUUCGUAAGGAAUUCUGUAUGCAGAUGUUUCAUCGGAUACAAGACGAUGAGAAGUUUCUGGACUCCAUAAUUUCCAGCGAUGAGAGCACGUUUCAUGUCAGCGGAUGUCACUGUCAUGUCACUGCAGGAUCUGGGGCAGCCAAAAUCCACGUGUCUCCCUGGAACAUGUUCGUGAUAGCGCAAGGUGAACGUGUUUUGCGCCCUCAGUAAAGAAAGAGUGUACGGCCCCUUCUUCUUCAUGGAGAUGCCCAAUGCCGGUAUCGUAUAUCUGAACAUGCUCCAAGAGUUCCUCAUUCUACAGUUAGACGAAGAUGACCAAGAAGGGCGCAUUCACUUCCAGCAAGACGGCGCGCCCCCUCAUUACCUUGGAGAAGUGCGCGAGUACCUCAACGCCAGUUUCCCAGGUCGGUGGAUUGGUAGUGCGGCUCCGAUAGCAUGGCCACCUAGUUCCCCGGAUCUCACUCCCCUGGAUCUUUUCUUAUGGGGUUCGUUAAAGAUCGAGUGUUCAUACCAUCUUUGCCUGCAGAUGUCGUUGAACUCCGAACUCGAAUUACUGCCUCAGUUGCAGAAGUGACGCCAGAGAUGCUACGUAGCGUGUGGCAAGAGACUGACUACAGGUGGGACGUCUGCCGCAUUACCAAUGGAAGUCACAUUGAACCAUAACUAUUCGAGGCAAAUUUGACUCUUCUCGGCAUCCUGCUGAUGAUUCUGAUUUUAGCUGUGUCAGCUGUCCUGCAUGUGACUGCUUUGAUUGCAUGGCAUUUCAUAUACGAUAAUGAAGGAUUAAAGCUGGAGCGUGCAUUUAUCAUCGCUGCAGUGUUCCUGGUAACAGGAUAUUUCUUUUACGUCGUGGCAAAUGUGACUCUUCUGGGGAUCAUCUUGGUGAUUUCGAUUGCAGUUGUGUCAGCCGUCCUGAAGGUGACUGCUUUGAUUAUUUGGCGAUACAUUUAUGGAAAAGGAGUAUUACACCUGGAGCGAGCGUUCAUCAUCACAACUAGUCUGAUGUUAACAAGCUCCUGUUUUUACUUCGCGGCAAAUAUGUCCAUUCUCGGAGUCACCUUGGUGAUUUUCAUUGGAGUUGUGUCAGUUGCCCAGAUUGUUACUG